CACUCCACCUUUCGUGUUGCUUCGUCUCCUCUCCCAUUUGUCCCCGCCUCGCUCUCACGCCGCUCGCGUCACUCCGCGCUCCCACGAACCACCCCCAAAUUCCGUCAACGCGCCAACCCCGAGAAAAGCGCUUGAGAAAUGGCCGAAGAGGAUGUCCAGCCGAUUGUGUGUGACAAUGGCACCGGAAUGGUCAAGGCUGGAUUCGCCGGCGACGACGCGCCGAGGGCCGUGUUCCCCAGCAUCGUGGGGAGGCCGCGGCACACGGGGGUGAUGGUGGGCAUGGGGCAGAAGGACGCGUACGUGGGCGACGAGGCGCAGUCGAAGCGAGGCAUCCUGACGCUCAAGUACCCGAUCGAGCACGGCGUGGUGGGCAACUGGGACGACAUGGAGAAGAUCUGGCACCACACCUUCUACAACGAGCUCCGGGUGGCGCCGGAGGAGCACCCCGUGCUGCUCACGGAGGCGCCCAUGAACCCCAAGGCCAACCGGGAGAAGAUGACCCAGAUCAUGUUCGAGACCUUCAACUGCCCCGCCAUGUACGUGGCCAUCCAGGCCGUGCUGUCCCUCUACGCCAGCGGCCGGACCACCGGCAUCGUCAUGGACUCGGGCGACGGCGUCAGCCACACCGUCCCCAUCUACGAGGGCUUCACGCUCCCCCACGCCAUCAUCCGGCUGGACCUCGCCGGGCGCGACCUCACCGACGGCCUCAUGAAGAUCAUGACGGAGAGGGGCUACUCCUUCACCACCACCGCCGAGCGGGAAAUCGUCAGAGACAUCAAGGAGAAGCUCGCCUACGUCGCCCUCGACUACGAGCAGGAGCUGGAGACCGCCAGGACCAGCUCCGCCGUCGAGAAGAACUACGAGCUGCCGGACGGCCAGGUGAUCACCAUCGGGGCGGAGCGGUUCAGGUGCCCCGAGGUGCUCUUCCAGCCGUCCAUGAUCGGCAUGGAGGCCGCAGGCAUCCACGAGGCCACGUACAACUCCAUCAUGAAGUGCGAUGUCGAUAUCAGGAAGGAUCUGUACGGGAAUGUCGUGCUCAGCGGGGGUUCCACCAUGUUCCCUGGGAUCGCCGACCGUAUGAACAAGGAGAUCACCGCGCUCGCGCCCAGCAGCAUGAGGGUGAAGGUGGUCGCUCCGCCGGAGAGGAAGUACAGUGUGUGGAUCGGCGGCUCCAUUCUCGCCUCCCUCAGUACCUUCCAGCAGAUGUGGAUCUCCAAGGCAGAGUACGACGAAGCUGGCCCGUCGAUCGUCCACAUGAAGUGCUUCUGAUCAGUCCAUGGCUUGCCAACCUGUACCUGUCAUUCAGUUGCUUGAGGUCCAAAUCGCAGAUGCUUGAACGUGUCAUGGUUUCCACUGCGUCGUGGUUGGCUGAAAGUGUUUUGGUCAUGGAACAAAUUUGAAAGGUAAGGUCUGAUUGAUGGUUUCGAACGAUUCUGUAGGGCGUCGGGUCAGUUUCAGUGGGUUCACUGAAGGUGGGUUGUUCAGCAUGCAGUCUGGGGCAUUUCUGUCGGGUUCGGUGAUUCAGCUCGUGCGUGUGCUGGAAACCUGAAACAGAGUGUGUGUUUGUUUGCACCACCCCGGCGUGGGUGUUGAUUCUUGUACCUUUUGUAGCGGGGGUUCUUGUCAAACUACCUGAAAGCUUAUUUUGUUGGUACUUAAGCAUUUGUACAUUUAAAUUAUUGAGGGGAUUUUAUGUUUGUUA